AUGUCUACCGCUCAGCCCGCCGACCCCGUCGCCAAGGGCAUCCUCGCCACGGCGAAGCAGUCCUGGAAGGACCUCUUCAUCUGGAAGCAGCGCACCGUCGUCGUCACCCCGGAUGGCGAGACUCUCACGGAAUGGCAGGAUCCUGAUCCCAUCAAGAACCCCUUCAGUUUGAUGGCUCAGCUCAGCGCCCGCGACUGGCUCUUCUUCGUUUGCGGUUUCUGCGCCUGGACCGCCGAUGCUUUCGACUUCCACGCCCUCUCUAUCCAGACCACCAAGCUGGCCAAGUACUACGACCGCUCCAAGACCGACAUCACAACCGCCAUCACCCUCACCCUUCUGCUCCGCUCCGUCGGUGCCGCCUUCUUCGGUCUGGCUGGUGACAAGUACGGCCGCAAGUGGCCCAUGGUCUUGAACAUGAUCAUUCUCGGUGUUCUGCAGAUCGCCACCAUCUACAGCACAACCUUCCAACAGUUCUUGGCCGUCCGCAGUCUGUUCGGUCUCUUCAUGGGAGGUGUCUACGGAAACGCCAUUGCCAUGGCUCUGGAGCACUGCCCCUCCAACGCCCGCGGUCUCAUGUCCGGUAUCCUCCAACAAGGCUACUCCUUCGGAUACGUCCUUGCCGCCUGCGCAAACCUCGGUGUCGGUGGUGGUACCGAGACCUGGAAGACCGUCUUCUGGAUCGCCGCCGGCAUCUCCAUUGCUGUCGGUCUCGUCCGUGUUCUCUUCCCCGAGUCUCAGCAGUUCCUCGAGGCCAAGGCCCACGGCAAGAAGGACGCCUCUGCCGGCGCUUUCUGGAGGGAGACCAAGAAGAUGUUGGCCCAGGAGUGGAAGAUGUGCGUCUACUGCAUCAUUCUGAUGACCUGGUUCAACUACUACUCCCACACCUCCCAAGACUCUUACACAACCUUCAUGAUCGCCCAGAAGGAGAUGGCCAACGACGGUGCUUCCCGCGCUUCUAUCCUCAUGAAGGCUGGCGCCUGUGUUGGUGGCACCAUCAUCGGCUACCUCUCCCAGUUCUUUGGUCGUCGUCGUGCCAUCGUCGUCUCGGCCCUCAUCUCCGCUUGCCUCAUCCCCGCCUGGAUUCUUCCCAUUGGCGAGCGCAGCCUCAGUGCGAGCGGCUUCUUCAUGCAGUUCUUCGUCCAGGGCGCCUGGGGUGUCAUUCCCAUCCACCUGAACGAGCUGUCUCCCCCCGCCUUCCGUUCCUCGUUCCCCGGUAUCACCUACCAGCUGGGUAACAUGAUCUCUUCUCCCUCUGCUCAGAUCGUCAACGCCAUCGCCGAGAGCACCUUCGUCACGGCCCCCUCAGGCGACAGAGUUGAGGCUUACGGCCCCGUCAUGGGCAUUGCCACGGCAAUCAUCGCCAUGGGCAUCGUUUUCACCACUAUGUUCGGACCCGAGCGCCGCGGUCGCAGCUUCGAGCAUGCCGUUGCCGGUGUUCAGGGCGAGUUCGAAGAGAAGAAGAUCAUUGACGAGCACGACGAGGAGAAGGGCAGCAUCAAGGCUGCCAACGUCGAGGAUGCUCGCAAGGAGUAA